CCAUUGAGAUCCAAUCAGAAUUCCCAAACACAGACGGCAGCAGCAGUUCUACAGAAGGAGAAAAGAUCAGGAACGAUGAGGAUGUAGUAGACAGAAACCGCAUCCAAGCGAUGGAAACAGAGCUAUCGGCUGAUUGGCCGCGACGUCGUCUCAGAAAAGCGGGUCACCGGUGCUGCAUUUUCCGGAUACCCCAGGGCUCCGGCGACGCCUGGUAUCAACCCUCGACGGUGUCAAUCGGCCCGUACCACCACGGGAGGGAGGAGCUGCGGAUGAUGGAGGAGAACAAGCGGCGGAGCUUGGCGACGUUGCUUGAGAGGACCAAGUCAAUGGGGUUGACUCUGGAGGACUACUUCGUCAAAGUCAAAAGUUUGGAAGAAGAAGCCAGAGACUGCUAUUCUGAGACCAUCCUUCUGCAAAGCCACGAGUUUGUGGCGAUUUUGGUGGUUGACGGCUGCUUUAUCGUGGAACUUUUCCGGAAAGCGGCUGGCCGGAUUCCUUUUGAGGAGGGCGAUCCAAUAUUCUCCGUGGAUUGGACAUUUUGGAGCCUCGUCAAGGACCUAACCUGCGUGGAGAACCAAAUACCCUUUGUCGUGCUCCGGGAAUUGUUUGACCUCACCGAAUUGCCGGACGACGGAAACUCCAUGGACAGGGUAUCGUGGUCAACUCUCAUCUACGACUUCUUUGAGUUCUUUCUUCCUGGGCCGUCAUUCCCAUUUCCUUCGGACAGGUCCGAAAGCUUUCGGUGGCGGCAUUUACUGGAUUUUCUCCUGUGGAAUUUCACCCGCCGGCUGCCCGUGCCCGGAUCUCCUCCGCGCAAAUCAUGGAGCCGCGUCGCCUCGAGGCUGCGUGGAGGCGGAACCAGGCCGGCGUUCCAAGUGACCCGCGCGCGCGUGAUCCCUUGCAUCUCGAAGCUGCGUGUAGCCGGAAUCAAGCUGCAACGCCGCGAUGGAGAGAACAAUUUCCUAGACGUCCGGUUCGAGGGAGGGGCCAUCAAGAUGCCGCUGAUCAAAUUGGAUGGCUUCAUGGCGGCGUUCUUGCGGAACUGCGUCGCGUACGAGCGAUGCAUUGGGUACGAGAGAAUCAGUGGGAUGACAGAGUACGCUAUAUUUCUGGACCGCCUCAUAGACACGUACAAGGACGUGGAGGUUCUCUGCGACCACCACGUGAUGGAGAACAGUUUAGGGACGGUAGGCGAGGUGGCGACAUUUGUGAAUGAGCUAGUUAAGGGCGUGAACAUCGAUAAGUACUAUCUUGUUUUUGGCUUGUCGGAACUGUUUGGCCAGGUCAACCAGUACUAUAACAACAGUAGGGACGUUUAUUGGGCCACCCUCAAGAACAGAUACUUUAACUCCUCUUGGUCCAUCAUCUCUUUCUUCGCUGCCAUUGUUCUUCUCCUUCUCUCUGUCACGCAGACGAUUUUCACCAUUCUCGCAUAUGUUAAGCCUCUGUCUCAUUAAUUCAAACAGUUGUAAAGUUUCGAGUUGAUUAAUACUCCUUAUAUUUUUGUGAAACUUAUAUGUAAUUGAUUUUAGGGAAAAUUAUCAGCAUAUGAACAAAAUUGUUGAGUUUCUCAAAAUAUGAUUAACUUUGUUUUUAGACAUUUAUGUUAGAUGACAUUUUACAUAGACAAAGAAGAGUUUUACUUCAUCCUGGUACUAAGCAAUACG